AUGGGUGGUACUGCUAGCUCUCCAAUCCCUGGUGGUGGAACAUCUGGGUAUCACGUCUUACGGGUCCAGGAAGGCUCACCUGGUCACCAAGCUGGUUUGGAAGCAUUUUUUGAUUUUAUUGUUGCAAUAGGAGAUAAACGCCUGGAAGAAGAUAAUGACUGUAUCAAAGACUUACUACAAGCUAAUAAAGACAGACCUGUCCGCUUAGUUGUCUAUUCAACCAAAUCACAAGCCUGUCGUGAAGUAACCUUGAUACCAAAUAAUCAUUGGGGUGGUCAAGGUCUAAUGGGUGUUAGUAUUCGAUAUUGUUCAUUUGACAGAGCAAACGAAAAUGUAUGGCAUGUGUUGGAUGUUGAGCCUAAAUCACCAGCAGAAAUGGCUGGUUUAAAACCGUAUACAGACUACAUUAUUGGUGCAAAUUCAGUUUUAAAUAGUAGAGAUGACUUUUUCGAUCUGAUUGAUGCUUCUGAUGGUCAUGUAAUUCAACUGUACGUCUACAAUUCCGAAUCAGAUUCAUGCCGUGAAAUACAUCUUAAACCUGAUUCUAACUGGGGUGGAAAUGGUUUACUCGGCUGUGAUAUUGGCUACGGUUAUCUACAUCGUAUCCCAACAACAGGAGCACCACCUGUUCCUCCACCACAACCACCAAGUGAUACUGCACACCAACCUCAAGAAUUCACAAAACCGUCGGUUGAAAAUUCAAAUAUGCCAACAGUAUCAUCGGACAGACUUAAAUGGACGUCGAAUACAUUUUCUGAGGUUCCAUUAGUUUCAACAUUAUCGUCUUCAUCAUCACCUCUCCCACCGCCAAUACAACCGCAAUCACAGCCAACGGUCCACCAUUCCAAGCUCCUGUCAGCAGUACAAAUUAUUUCAACCAAUCCUAUGCUUCUAUGCCAGCUUAUAUGCAAGCAUCAAAUAUUCCUCCUCCUGCACCUCUUCCUCCCGGGUUGA